AGAAUAUCGAUUACCUGUUUUUAAAUCAAGUAUUUAUGACUAAUUAUGCAUACGUCACAAUAACAACUUCCAAGAUGAACAUAUCACGUGAUAUACAGGAGGCAAUACUGUGAACGACUUAAACAAUAAAUGAAGUAACAUCCGUGAUUUCAGCAGAAUGGCAGAUCAACCCGACAGAAGAGGCCGAGGAAGACGAAGGGGUGGAUAUAGAGGUGGAAACCGAGAAGAAGGCAAAAGAAGAGGAGGGAAUACUAGAGGAAGGGGUUUUUAUCAUAACAGAAAUCAGAGCCUUCCAGAUGCUGACCGCUCUCUUCAUCAUGGACCUGUUGGGGCAGGACUUAUUUUUUCAGACAGCGAAGAUAGCGAUACAGAUAUAUUUGAUACCAGUGUGAGAAGCCGGGGAAGACGCGGGAGUGGAUAUAGAGGAGGGAACCGAGAUGUAGGUAGCAGAAGAGGAGGGAAUACUAGAGGAAGGGGAUUUCAUCAAAAUAGAAAUGAAAGACCUCAAGAUCGUGACAGCUCACCUUUUCAAAGACCUUAUAUGCCAGGAAUCAGUUUAUCAAGCGGAGAAGAGAGUGAUACAGAUACAUCUGCACACAGUGUUAGGGAAUAUACACGUUCUAGUAGCGUAAAAGAUACAACAUCGAGGUAUGCUAGAGAUACAUUUGCAGGCAGGGGUAAUACAAAUGCAGCAGCAAAAAGAGGUCAAAGAGGAAAUUCAGGUUUUGGUCGACAGGAUAACCAACAGAUGAGAAGUAAUUCUGCAUCAAACCCAAGAGGGGCAAAAGGAGGACAUGAUAUGAGCAAGAAAGGCGAAAAGCACUGGAAACAGAUUUUUGGAUACAGUCGAUUACUUGAACUGAUAAAUAAACUACCGAGCGAUGUAGUUUUUGAAUUCAGCGCCAAUAUAGAGUUGUUUAAGGAUGUCCUCGAUUGUACAAAUCACAGUGAUGAAAUGAUCAAUAUGAUAUUGAAUUGUCUUUCUAAAGCUUGCAAGUAUACAGGGCUUAGACAACAAGUACUAAAUAUAUUAACUACACUCGAAGCCUCGGAAUUUCUAAAGAUAACUCUUCUUAAGUUUAUUGUAAAAUUGAAGUCAUUACCCGAGAUAAGUUUGGAGGAGUAUGAAGCUUCUAUGCUAUACAUUCUGAAUAUUUGCAAAGAAAUAAAAUCAAGAAUACCAAGCUCAAUGUUUCAAGUUGUAGGUAUAACAACUAUUUUAGGCCAGAUAGUAUCAAAGCUUUCAGACAGUGAAAGACCCAGUUCGCAAGAAUUGAUACUGGCUUAUAAACACUUAGAUGACUCAAACGAAGAAGAAAUGGAACAGAUUACCAGUGAUAAUAAUAAGUCAUAUAGACAAUCGAAUUUCGAGUCUAACCAACAACCACCACAAGACUUCCAUGAAAUUCCUGUAUUUCCAGAAAUGCAUGAUAUUCAUGUUGAUAUAUUUCCCUUUUUAAGAAAAAAUAAGAUUUUUGGUGGAUAUGAAAAUCUGCAACAUUAUCUUGACGUACAAUUCCGAUUACUAAGAGAGGAUUUUAUUGGACCUUUACGUGAUGGAAUUCAAGAUUACAUAGCAGCUUUAAAAAGACCAAAGGAGAAGGGAAAUAGUCCAAGGGAGAUAAGGGUGUACACUGAUGUACAGCUAAUAAGUACAGUAUGUAACAGUAGUGGCUUAUGCAGAAGAGUUAGCUUCUCAUGUCAAGGUUUUAAACGUAUUAGAUGGGAAUCAAGCAAGCGCCUUUUGUUUGGAUCUUUAGUAUGCUUAUCAACAGAUAAUUUUGACACCCUGUAUUUUGCAACUGUCGGAAACAGGGAUCUGAAAGACUUGAAAAAAGGAUUGGUUGAUUUGAAAUUUGAAACCGAUGCAAGAGAUAUAGUAUUGUUAUCCGAAGGAGCAGUGCUUGUUAUGGCUGAAUCAAACGCAUUUUUUGAAGCGUACCGACAUGUGUUGACAGGUUUAAAAUCAAUGCACAGAGGAGACCUUGCAUUUGAGAAAUAUAUUGUUUCCUGCGAAACAGAUGUCGAUCCUCCAGCGUACCUUCAGAGGAAUCCUAGAGCUCGAUAUGAUCUCAGACCACUAGUAGACACGGAAGUUACAAUUUAUGACAAAUCAUGUCAUAAUUUAAGAGGGCGCCAGCCAGCGUAUACAUUUAGUGCACAAUCACAACAAGCUAACAAUGUCAAAGUUAGCAAUGUAAGAAAUUGGCCAGCCCCGGAGAUGUUACAUUUAGAUGAAUCGCAGUUUAGUGCAGUUCAAAUGGCUCUUUCAAAGGAAUUUGUCAUCAUCCAAGGACCACCAGGAACAGGAAAGACAUAUAUCGGCCUUAAAAUAGUAAAGGCUCUUCUUCACAAUAAAGAUAUAUGGUGUCCUGAUGAAAACAAUUCUAGUCCGCUCCUGGUAGUAUGCUAUACUAAUCAUGCGUUAGAUCAGUUCCUUGAAGGAAUUUUAGGUUUUUACAAAGGAAAUGUUUUACGACUUGGAAGUAGAAGUUCCAGCGAAGUAAUGAAACUGCAUAACAUUAAUUCAAAGAGAAUGGCGUUGCGAAGAGAUAGAAGUGCGCCGCUCGCUUUUUUCCGAGAAAGGGCAAAAGCACGUGUCCAUAUGAACUCUCUGAAGGCUGCUAUAAAUAAAAUUUCAGAAAGAAUUGAAGCAGCUAAGCGAGAGGUGUUACACGAAGAAACGCUGGAGACAGCUAUAGGACAGGGAUUAUGGCGGCAGUUGAUACACGGACAUCAGCUAUUGAUACAAGAAAUGAGGGUACAUGGCUUUAUUCAACCAUUGGGGAAGAAGAAAAGUGCCAUUUUGGAGUGGCUUGGCUAUGGAAAUCUUACAUGUGGUCAGGAAACAUUACAUUUACCCUCUUUGUCAACAACGCAGGGUAUUUUUACCGGAAACGAUCAAGAUGAUGAUGAGGACGACGAAGAUGAAUUUAUUGAUGCUCUUGAUGAAGCUGAUGGUGAAAUGAAGAAUAGAUUGAUGGACAUAUUUGAUGAUGAAAAUUAUGAAGAAAUAGACGAUGAUGGAGCUAUAGCUGAAAUAAAAAAUAUGUUGCAAACAAUUGGGUUAACAACAAACACAGUGGCAUUAGAUGUUUCAAGCAUCGGGAAAGAGGAAGCAGUCGGAACAGAAGAAUGGACACUUGAUCGGAAACAGAAAAAAGCCAUUAAGAAAACAAUAAGAAAAGAAUUGGCAUCGUCAGAUAAAAUGAAUUGUAGGGAAGUGACUAGGAUACAAAAUAUAUGGAAAAUCGAACAAAAAGAAAGAUGGCGCCUUUAUAGAAACUGGGUACAUAGCUACUGUGCAACCCUACAAACACAAGUUGAAUUAAGAGAACAUGAAUUCCAAGAAGCAUGCGACAUUGCAAAUGAAAUGCAAUUGCAUGAAGACAAAGAGAUCAUGCGAAGAUCAUCAGUGAUUGGUCUAACAACAACAUGUGCUGCACGGUAUCAAUCAGUUUUGAAAGAAAUAGGACCAAAAAUAAUUGUUGUGGAGGAGGCGGCCGAAGUACUUGAAGCCCACGUUAUCACAACGCUGAGAAAGCACUGUGAACAUCUCAUUUUAAUAGGCGAUCAUCAACAACUGAAACCAAAUCCGACUGUAUACAAACUGGCUAGAGAUUACAAACUAGAAAUAUCCCUUUUUGAAAGGCUGAUCAACAAUAAAUUGGAUUACCGUUGCCUCGCACUGCAGCAUAGAAUGCGGCCUGAGAUAUCUAGAGUCAUGAGGAUUAUAUACCCUCACCUUUUAGAUCAUGAAUUCGUGAAAUCUUAUGAGCCAGUAAAGGGAGUAUCGAAAAACGCAUUUUUCAUUGAGCAUACUGAAAUGGAAUUGUCUGAUGCAGACAUAAAAAGUCACUCUAAUAUACACGAAGCAGAGUAUAUCGUAGCAUUGUGUACAUACCUACUGUUGCAAGGAUAUAAACCUGCUCAGAUUACUGUUCUUACUCUUUAUUCAGCUCAGUUAUUUGAAUUAAAACGGAGAAUGCCGAAAUCGAAUUUCAAUGGCGUGCACUUAACAGUUGUUGAUAACUAUCAAGGAGAGGAAAAUGAUAUAAUCCUCCUUUCAUUAGUUCGCAGCAAUGCUAGAAAAAAUUUGGGAUUUCUGGGCAUUGAAAAUCGUAUCUGCGUAUCGUUAUCCAGAGCGAGAAAGGGGUUAUAUGUCAUAGGCAACUUUCAAAUGUUGAAAAAAGACAAGCUUUGGGGCAAAAUCGUGACUCUAGCUAGAAAAGAAAAGAUGAUUGGAAACAGUCUUGCAUUAUAUUGUCAGAAUCAUCCAAACGAUGGUGGAAUACAUGCCAUUACAGCAAACGAUUUUAAACAAGCACCUGAAGGAGGUUGCAUGAAGCCAUGUGAGUUCCAGUUAAAGUGUGGACAUGUAUGCACCAGAGCUUGUCAUAUUUAUGACAAGAAGCAUAAAGAAUUUAUGUGUAUGAAACCAUGUGAAAAAAUUGUUUGUGAAUUACGUCACAAAUGUUCUGGUAUCUGCAGCAAGAAGUGCAAGAAAUGUAAAAUUACAGUUCCAAAAAUCAUACCGAAAUGUGGACACGUGCAAAAUGUACCAUGCUCCCAGGAACCAAUUACAUUUGCAUGUCUAGAAAAAUGCGAAAUUAUAUUGUCAUGUAAACAUAUAUGCCAGAAUUCAUGUGGUGAUAGUCAUACAGUUUCUUGUCAAGAAGAAAUAACCAAAACAUGGCCGUGUGGUCACUCAUCGACAGUAAAAUGCUGUAAACAAGAUGGAAAAUGUCCGAAACAAUGUCGCCAAAUUUUAGACUGCGAACAUAUUUGUAAAGGCACAUGCGGAGAAUGUUUAUAUGGACGACUUCAUAAAUCAUGCAAAAAAGAUUGCAAACGUCCUCUUGUCUGUGAACAUCUGUGUAAAGACAAAUGUUCAAACUGCCCACCUUGUGCACGUAACUGUCAGACUCGUUGUGUUCACAGCAAAUGUCAAAAAUAUUGUGGUGACGUAUGUAUUCCAUGUGUCGAACCAUGUGAAUGGCAAUGUGAACACCAUUCAUGUAAAGAGGUCUGCAGUAAACCUUGCAAAAGACCUCGAUGUAAUCAUUCGUGCAAGAAAAUGCUAAAAUGUGGACAUAAAUGCAUUGGUCUUUGUGGUGAACUAUGUCCUGAUGUUUGCAGGAUAUGCAAUCACGAUAAAGUGAUAGAAAUUUUCUUUGGCACAGAAGAUGAUGACGAUGCGCGUUUCGUUCAGUUGCAAGACUGUCGCCAUUUCUUUGAAGUGAGUGGACUAGAUCGUUGGAUGGAUGAAAAUAUUGACAGCGACCUGACCAAAACCAGCAUCAAACUGAAGGAGUGUCCCAAAUGCAAGACUCCAAUUAGAAGAAACUUGAGAUACGGAAAUAUGAUAAAAGAAGUUCUCAAAGACAUAGAAUGUGUUAAAAAACAAAUGAUUGGUGAUGAAAAGAGGAUUGAUGGAAUAAUUGAAUCGAUUCAAGAAGGAAUUGUCAAAUUAACAUCAGAGGAUCGUGCAACCGUGAAACAGCAAAUGGCUAAUAUGUCAAAACGACCAGUUUCCGUCCAGAAUUUCGGAACAGUGAAUAAUCAGGUUAAUUUCUUUGCACGCCUUUCUGGUCUAGAAAAACAACAUAUAAGGGAGACCGAUUCUCAACCAAUGCUCAGGAUGUAUUCGGCUGGAUUUUAUAAUGACAUAAAAUGUCUCCGUGAUUUCAUAGCAAAAGAACGCAAGUAUUUCACUACACAAGAAGUUAUUGAUAUAAUUGAUGAAUUCGACAGAUUGAAGCUUUUGGUACAUUUCUUACACUUCAAGGUUAAAGCAUCGGGAAGAGCUCUUAGAUUUGAUGAUGGGAAGAAGACGGCUGACAUGAACACAAGUGAAGGUUACCUGACAAAUGGCAAAAGAUUAUCUAAAGAAAGGAAAACCUUUGUUCAGGAAUUCAUAGAAAGGAUGAAAGAUUUAUUUCCAAGGACAGGACUAGGAAUUACUGACGAUGAGCGCAUGGAGAUCGUAAAGGCAAUGGACUUGUCAAAGGGCCAUUGGUAUAAAUGUCCUAACGGGCAUGUGUACGCGAUUGGAGAAUGCGGUGGUGCUACCGUAGAAACCACGUGUCCAGAAUGCAAGUCAACUAUUGGAGGUAGUGGCCAUAGACUUAGAGGUGACAAUGCGCUAGCCUCGGAAAUGGACGGUGCAACACAUUCUGCCUGGUCAGAACAGGCGCUUAUGGAAAACUACGAUCCUUUUGAAAUAAGAUUUUAAGAUAUUGAUCAGAAACACAUUUAUUGAAUAGUUAAUAAUGUACUUUGUUGUAAAACAAUUUCACGCUGUAUAACCAUUAGACUUGUCUUGUAUACAAAUUUGUUAACUAGCACUGAACAACCAAUUGAUCAUUUCGUUUGAAAAGGAAACUAUCAUAGGCGGAUCCG